CCCCCUCCGCCCGCCCAGACCGAGGAGGGGCGAGCAGGCGCGGAGCUGGGCGAGCGCGGGGUUGUGCGCGCGUCUCUCUGGGCACACACUCUCCGCGCCGCGCGCUUCCCGGGCUGGGUGGCCUCGGACCUCGGCAGACAGCAGCGGUGUGCGCCGCGCUUGCUCCGGGGUGCGUUCAACGCCGGGCGGGAGCCGCUCGCUGGGGUCACUCGACUCCUUCUCCCCCUCUCCCGGGAGCCAGCGGGGUGAGCUGGAGGCCGAUCCGGCCGGACGCCGCGCUCCUAUAAAUAGGGAGCGUGUGCCCGCCUGGCGCCCUCCCGGCUGCGUGAGGACAGACAAAGUUGUGCACAGGGACUCGGGGCGCGCGGCAGCGGCUGGGAGGACCUCGCCGCCGCCGAGCCGCCCUGCGCCCUGGAACUGAUCCCGCGAACCGGUGCUCUCCGUGCCCGGGACCUGGCUGGCUGCUGCCUACCUGCUGACGUCCAAGAGGCGCCGAGGUGUGGGGAAUUUUUGACGAGGCGAAAGUGGGAGUCGCUAGAGUCCUGGCCAUGAACACAGCCUCGCGUUCUUCUCAGUCCGGGAAACACCUUCUGCCUCUGUAAUUCGUCCCUGCCGCAAGCCGGACGCGUACCGGACCGACAUCCGCACCGCUGGGCACUCACCUACCCCCGAGGCUCUUCUUUGAGUCUCCUUUGUUUUUCCUGCUCCGUCGUCCACCUGGGUGUGCUUGGGUUCGGGGUGAGAAUUUAUUGCCGUUUUCCUCUUUGAGGUGUGAAUGUGAGGGUUUGGUGACUUUUAGAUGUCCAGGAACAAGGUUGGGUGCAGGGGCCCCAGGCAGGGCUGAUUCUUGGGCGGAGGAGGGUGGGGUAGGGGGUUCUGCAUGAGCUCCUUAAAGGACAAAGGUAACAGAGCCAACGAGAGAGCGCGAGCGGAGACUUUGACUUCAAACCACAGAAUUGGGGGAAGUGUGCGCGCCGCCGCCGCCGCCGUUCCUGCAGCGCUGUCGAUCUAGUCACAGGCAUCUUCCCGAGCGCCGGGGUCCCGGGGUUGGAGGCGAAGCCGGCGAGCAGAAGCGCCAGCCGGCUGAGGCUGCCCCACACGGCUCACCAUGGGCUCUGCGAGCCGGGCGCUGUCCGUGGUGCCGGCCGUGCUGCUGGCCCUCACCCUGCCGGGGCUGCCCGUCUGGGCACAGAACGACACGGAGCCCAUUGUGCUGGAGGGCAAGUGUCUGGUGGUGUGCGACUCCAACCCGGCCACGGACUCCAAGGGCUCCUCUUCCUCCCCUCUGGGGAUCUCGGUCAGGGCGGCCAACUCCAAGGUCGCCUUCUCGGCGGUGCGGAGCACCAACCAUGAGCCGUCCGAGAUGAGCAACAAGACGCGCAUCAUUUACUUCGAUCAGAUCCUAGUAAACGUGGGUAAUUUUUUCACCCUGGAGUCUGUCUUUGUAGCACCAAGAAAAGGAAUUUACAGUUUCAGCUUUCAUGUAAUUAAAGUCUACCAGAGCCAAACAAUCCAGGUUAACCUGAUGUUAAACGGAAAGCCAGUAAUAUCCGCCUUUGCCGGGGACAAAGAUGUUACUCGCGAGGCUGCCACUAAUGGCGUGCUACUCUACCUGGAUAAGGAGGAUAAAGUUUACCUAAAACUGGAGAAAGGUAACUUGGUUGGAGGCUGGCAGUAUUCCACGUUCUCUGGCUUUCUGGUGUUUCCCUUAUAGGAUUUGAUUUCUCCGUGAUGUCGAUCCAGGGGAGGGGUGGCCCACCCCUGAGUUACUGGAAGAUCAUUUUCUCAUCAUCGGAUUGAUGUCUUUUAUCAGUUUCUCAUGGGUGAAUAUGGAUUCUCUUUAAGGAUUCUAGGCCUGUCCGAACCAAUACACGGUCUCACAGAUUAUUUUGUGUGUGUGUGCGUUUCAGUAUACUCGGAUGGGGACUCCCAGCAGACAUAACAUGUCCAUGUGCCCAAGUGUAACAGUUAAAAGCUGUCUGCAAGGUUUAUUCUGAAUUUAAUUUCCCGGAAUUGCUGAAUUCGUUGCCGAUGUGGAAUUUUAUUUAUUUGUUUUUAAAAGACUGGCAACCGGGUCAAAGAAUUAGAAAACUCUCAAGUUCUGACUUCAAUCAACGGUUAGUACGAUACUGCCAAAGAACUGUGUGCUGUGUUGAUAUAUUGAUUACACUCGUUUUUAUUCCUCUGGAAUUAGUUUGUUUUGUUCUCUGACGGUAACUGGGGAUUGUUUUUCAGUGACUGGCUUUGUGUCUUCUCUACAGAUAGGGUAAUGAAUGGCUUGCCCUCAAAGUUACCCUAUGAGAUCACCAACAUGACUUCCCUUAACAAAACAGAAUGCUUCAUAGUUGUAUUUUAAUUAUAUAUGUGAAAGAGUCAUAUUUUCCAAAUUAUAUUUUCUAAUAGGAAGAAUAGAUCAUAAAUCUGACAAGGAAAAUGUUGCUUACCCGAAUUCUAAGUGCUCAGCCCUCAAACCUCCACCAAGCCGCCCUCCUCCACGGGAAAUCCUGUACUUCCUUGCUCAGCUUGAAUUAACAUGAUGGAUAAUAACCACUUUAUUAAAAAGCUAAGGGAUUUUUUUCCCUUAGACAUGACCACUUUAUUAACUGGAGAUGGGAUGCCCUUGUUUUUAAUUAUACCUAUUUUUCAAGACUUCUGUUGUGUUUGAAAGUAUCAUCUGGUUUUGCCUUAAUUCCUUAAAUUGUAUAUAUUUAUCUGUUUAGCUAAUAUUAAAUCCAAAUAUCCCACAUCUAAACUUAGUGCAAUAUCUUAUUUUGUCUUUUG